UGUCCUGGGGUGUAGUGAAACCACAGCCUGUGGGGCCAUCCCCGCACCCUCCCCCACCCCGUGGGAAGAGAAAUCAAGGAAGCUUUCAGUGCCCUAGAGACUGCCCCAGAGACCACCCCGACUGAGAAUUAGGAAUUAGAAUUAGGACCCACUCUGUGCACCUCGGUAAAUGGUGAAUCUGGUGGGUGACUGAAGAGAAGGGAGGACAUGACGGCUCCUAGGUGUAGGGGGAGGUUUAUUGGAGAGGUGAAGGAGAGCAGAGGCAUCUGGGAGAGCCCAGAGUGAACAGGACCCCGAGCCAGGCCAUGGCGUGGGAGGGGAGGGGAGAGAAGAGAGCCAGGACACCAGCAGACCAAGAGGCCCAAAAGGCAAAAAGGGUUGCAUAACCAAAAUGGCAAUGACUGGGUUAUAUAGGGAAGAGCAGUUGAGGGAAAGGCAGCCCAGCCCCUGGGCUGGAGAAGUUCGGGGGGGGGGGGGAGUAAGGUAUCUUAGCCAGGACCCUCCCCCCAUAACAGGUAGGGGCUUCUGGGAGAAGCUAGCAGCCAGUGUCAGCUUCGAUACGUUAGUUAAUAGACCCCUUUGUCCCAGGGUUAUUCCCUCUGACCUGCAGUUCCAAGUUUGGGACUCGUUAUCCUAACUAAACACACAGUUCUGCUAUACCAAACAGUCUGGAGGAACUCAGGGUUCCUCGGGUGCUGACUCUAAGCUCCUGGUGAUGUGGCCCUCUGGUCACUGCAGCACCAAACUGACACCCUCGUCCGUUUAUGUACAACCUUAUUGUAUUUAACUUUAUUUUAUUGUGCAUUUGAUAUAAAGGUGUCAGAUUCCCUGGAACUGGAGUUAACAGACAGUUGUGAGCUGCCAUGUGGGUGCUGGGAAUUGAACCCGGGUCCUCUGGGAGAGCAGCCAGCACUCCCAGCCACUGAGCCAUCUCUCCAGCAGAUUUCCUUCUUAAAAAGGCACAGUUCAGUACAAGUAGAGCUCAGGCCAGUGACUGCAAUAUAAGAGGAGCUUUGGAGAGCCAUCCCCCACCCCCAUCUCAGAGGAACACAGAAUCGAUUGGGAAUGGAUACCCGAAGAUCCUUGAGACGGCUUCACUGAAAGUGAGGAGCGGUGUCAGGCCCAGCAGCCCUGCGUUGGCCCAGGGACACCCCUGGCAUCCAGAUCAGGAUCAUGACCCCUGUAAGCGACCAUGUCAUGGCGGAGAGCAUUUUUGACCUGGACUAUGCUUCCUGGAAGAUCCGCUCGACCCUGGCGGUAGCUGGCUUUGUCUUCUACCUGGGCGUCUUCGUGGUCUGCCACCAGCUGUCAUCCUCCCUGAAUGCCACCUACCGCUCUCUGCUGGCCAAAGAGAAGGUCUUCUGGAACCUGGCCGCUACCCGUGCAGUCUUUGGUGUCCAGAGCACGGCUGCCGGCCUGUGGGCUCUGCUGGGGGACCCCGUGCUCCACGCCGACAAAGCUCUCGGGCAGCAGAACUGGUGUUGGUUUCAUGUCGCCACUGCCACUGGAUUCUUCCUCUUUGAGAAUGUGGCCGUCCACCUGUCCAACCUGUGCUUCCGGACGUUUGACUUGUUUUUGGUUGUCCACCACCUCUUUGCCUUUCUUGGGUUCCUGGGUUCCAUGGCUAAUCUCAGAGCCGGCCACUAUCUGGCCAUGACCACUCUGCUCUUAGAAAUGAGCACACCCUUCACCUGCAUUUCCUGGAUGCUCCUGAAGGCUGGCUGGUCAGACUCCCUGUUCUGGAAGGUCAACCAGUGGCUGAUGAUCCACAUGUUCCACUGCCGCAUGAUCCUCACCUACCACAUGUGGUGGGUGUGCUUCCAGCACUGGGGCGCCCUCGUGGACAGCCUCUACCUGCCUCACUUCGCGCUCUUCCUCUGCGGGCUGGCCCUGCUCACGCUCAUCAUUAACCCCUACUGGACACACAAAAAGACCCAGCAGCUCCUUAACCCCGUCGACUGGAACUUUGCGCCGCCGUCCGAUACCAAGGGUGGCAGGCAAGAAAGGACCAAUGGUCAGGUGCCUCAGAAAAAGAGGCUCUGAUGCCAGUGGACGCGUGCCCGGGGUUCAGCAGAGCUCUGAGCAGAGGAGGUCGUGUAGGUGAAUACUAACUUGUCUUUUAGCGUUAGUUCUGAAGUAGCCGUGAAGUAUUACUGGGACCUUGUUUUGCCUGCAGGAGGGCUUUGCCAUCAUGGUCUUCUUCCGAUUCCUCUGGUGUGGCCUCAGCCAUGCUGUGCCUGCCAGGUCGGGGUCAGGAAAGGAGCCAUGGUGUGUGCAAGCUGCUGAGGAGGCCAGCCUGAAUACUUGAAAGGACUUCAUUAGGUAGGACCCAUGUGGGUGUGGACGAGUAAGCACACCCACAGCCUGCGUGCCUUAUCUGGGAGUCAUGUUCUGUUUCAUUACAAAGAAUCGGCCUAAGAAAAUGUGAUUUGCUGGUAUUUGUGAAAAAAAUUUCCCAGCAUGUGGAAUUUUAAGCCAGUGGCACAGCAGCACCCUCUAGUGGCAAGUGGCGGAAGAACACAGUUCUGGUGAAGGGUUUUUCUCAAUGGCUGAAUGGUCCUAGAGUUUAUCUACCCUUCCUGGCAUGGGAUCUGGAUCUUCUAGCCAUUUCUGAUUGAUGAAAGUGGCUAGGCUAGCCCCAGUUCUGCUCUGUCAAUUUCAAGGCAGGCAGGGACUUUUCCCCUCUGGGCUGUGAGGGGUCCUGUACCUAGAGAUGCUCUCCCUGGGUUGCCAAGAACAAACAGCUUGCCUAAUGUAGGCAAGUGUUCUUAGUGCACUGUUUAUGGGUGGGACGUCCAGACACCGGCUGUCCAUGCUACUGGCGGACACAGAAACUUUCCCCAGGAGUAUAAAUUAAAGUACAGUUUAUUUUUGUCAAAACUACCUUUGUGAUGGUAGUUGGUCUUGAAAAUCAUGUGUGACUUACUCUUGCCAUCGAUCAUGGGCCUCAGCGUGUUUGGGAUACUAGUGCUUGAACUUUAUCAGAUGUAUGGCGCCUAUUUAUUUCAUCCUAACAAAGUCUUUAUUUUGUGUCCCUACCUGGAAACCCUGUAGCUCCCAUAUCUGCUUUGCACAGGCACAAGCCUGGCAGUUUUUAACUGGGCAGAAGUUUAAUAAAGUUAUGGUCAUUUCCAGAAGACACACACACCAGUUCUUGUCUGCUAACGCCAGCUCAAGCUCACGUUGGCGUGUCUGAGAACACUCUGUAUCCAGAACAUGUUGGCAGGUCUUUAUGUGACCAGAAGACAGUAGGAAAGUUCGGCUGACUUUCUCUGGCCUGCUCUAGGAGUGUGACCUCACACUAUAUCCUCUGUCUUUAUGUGUGUCACCUGGACGCCGUCCCCAGGCUGAGGUGGCCUCUGGUUGUUCCACACACUUCUCCUUCCUGACUAGGACUUCUCCCAGGGACUUAGGAGACAAGAGUGUUAGAUGGGAAGGCCCUCGGGGUGAUGUAACCAGUAGCCUCUGCCUUUGUUGCCUAGAGAGUGGUCACCCUUUCUAGCUAUAGCUUCACUGUGGUGUUUACUAUCUUGCCAGAUGAGUCUCUGAGAGGGGUAUGGUGCAGAGGACACUGAUGUGAGCCUGGGCGUGGCCUGCUGUGGCCCACACCAGCCAAGGUCUGGCUGCAUGUGUGCCCCACAAGACUCCUGCACAGCCUGUUAGGAAUCAGAACAGGGUGCGGCGUUGGUUAAGGGUAGAGUGCUGAGGUAGCCUGUAUGCGGCCCUGCCUGCCUUCUGCCUUCGGCUACUGCACAGAGAACACAGGCUCUCCCUUCUGACUGGCACAGAAAACCAAAAAAGCACCGCCCUUCUCCCAGGGUAGAGAAAUACUUUUCUAUAUCUGUGCUGUUUUCAAAAUUAGGGAAUGUGACAGGUCAGGGAUAUUGAGUGACAGGCAACAGCCCAGUGUCUUCCCCAUCUCUUACUGAUGACUUGCCCCCGCCCCUUUAAUUUAGCCCCAGCUCUUAUUUCUCUCAGCGUGCCACAGGCUCACCCAAGAGCUGGGCUUGGGAUGGCACAGCCAGUUACUGGUCAUUUGCUAUUGUCUUUUGUGAGGUGUUUGGCUGCCAUGGCUCUCUCUACAUAGCUCCCCAGGAGGCGCUGUUGCUCCCACAGUUUAGCUGGGGAAGCUGAGGUCCAGACAGGUGGUGACUGUCCACAGUGACAUCUCUAGCAAGAGGCCAGGUCUCUGCCUGAUCUCUGAUGCGUCUGUUCACACAGCCUGUGCGACCCUCCUGAUGGGAAUUGUCUGUGCUGUGUGCUGUAGAGACUACACCUGAGCCUGUCCCAGAGAAAAAGCAGAGACUAAGCACAUUGAGUUUUACAGACUUGGAGGUCCAAGGUCAGAUGCCGGUGGCUUCAGUCAGGAAGAGGCCUGGUCCUUCCUACAGCCGGGACAUUGCUUUACCUCUGGGAGGAAGAAAUGUUGUAUCUCCAAGGAGCAGAAGGACUGAAAAGACAAAAUAAUUCUAACUUAGUUAGGGCUUCAGAAGGCUCUGAUCAUAGCUGGGAACAUGGCGACUUACAUGUCCUCUGGCCGGGUCUGUUGCUGCUUGUGGAAGCCAAUGGCUGCGAGGAGGCCCCUUUCAGCCCCCCACUGUGGAUGUGACUUAUCAACAUGGCUUUGGAGGGCUCUCAUUCAAAUGCUAGUGCCAAAAGAGUGUUGGCACACUCAGUGUCAGUAGGGUUUCAUGAGCCACACGAGGGCUGGCGUCUCUGGUUCCCUGACCAACUCUGGUUCCCUGGGUAUGGGUGCCCAGCCAUUGGCAAGUGAGCGGACGAACUAACAAAUGGCAGGUAUCCUGUGUGUUCCUGUGUGUGGCAGAAGACAUGCCAACCCGGAAGGGAGACAAAAUGUGUUCUGAGGGUACUUUCAACAAGGUAAGACUGGAUAGAGGCCAGGGAGCCGUCUCCAACCCACACAGCAAGGAGGGCUCUGGGAAGAGACCUGGGCAGGCAGGCGGUCUGCAUGGGAAUGAGAGAGGAGGGAGAGACCUUCAUUAUCUUUUCUCUGCUGACUCCGAGUGAAUGUUGCCUCUGUCAUGACUUUGCUCACAGUGUAGCCUGAGUCCUGGGUCAGAGGGACAAGCCCUACCUUGCCUCUGGAGCCUUGGGUUCUGGAUGUCUCUGACGCAGGGUGCUCCAGCUUCCGACUUGGAACCUGCCGUGAGAACUCACCUCCCGUUUGCCAUCCUGCUGGUUUAUAUUUGGUGAUUUCAUUGUUAUGCUCCAGUCUGUUGGAGGCUUUGCAUUUCCUGUUAGUUUGCUAUGUUGAACAAAUAGCACCAAACUCGUCAACGUACUUCGAAAAUGAACCCAAAGUUGAAAUCCUUAAAGGUUAUAGAUGCAAACCUUGCCAUCUAACCCCCCCCCCCCCCUGCUAAGCUUGAUGCCAUACUUUGCUGAAGCCCAUGGGAGGCCUGCCCCUUUCUGAGCAAUUAAGGAGGAAGGAUGGAUGGGGUGGGGGACGGAAAUCCCUCCAAAAGUUUAAAAGAAAACUGGUUGCAGUCCCGGUAACUUUCACAGCAUCGGCUGUGUUGGCUUUCAGAACCGCUGUGUGAGCCACAGAGUCUCAGAAGCACAGUGCAUGCAUCUCUGCCUGGGUUCUCUUGGCUCGAGGGACUUGCAGCACACUAGGUCCACCCAGAAACAUUGUUUCCACACAAAACAAACAGAGGAGGGACAGCUUGCUGCUGAGCCAGAGAUGGGCUGUAGCUCCCUCCCAUGUGUGCUUUCCCUUAGCUCUGUGACUGGCUCAAAUGUAUAUCACACAGCACUAUGAAGCUCACGAAAAAAACAAACAAACGUGGUUUUCAUUUCUUAAUCUGCGACUCUUGUUUGGCUCAGUUACACUGAACUCGUGGCCAGUGGACCCUCUAGUGGUUCCCUGUCACCCUGAUCACCCUUGUGUUCAUGUUUGGUGGAACUGACCAGCAAACACGGAGGGGCUCCUGGCUGAUGUACACUUCUUUUCUUCCCAAAGGAAGGUUAGCUACGAAAGCAGAGAGCCUCCCCCACCCCCAUUUCCUGUUCCUUUCUGCCUGGUGUAGUCAUAUCUUCAGGGCCAUCUGCUCUUGUCACUGCAAGGACCCGCCUGAGGGAUAGCCGGGAACAAAGGAUGCAGGAUUGGACACCUAGCCUCCAAAGAGCAACACAAGGCUCCCCCUUGCCUCACCAGCCCCUUCCAUAUGAACAGUUACUCUCAGUGGACACUUCCAGGAUGGGGGUCACUGACCUUUCAGGAUCCCCUUUGUCACUUCAGGAGCCAGGCUCUGAGUUUGAAGUAAGUUACCCCAUCUCAUUUUCUUUUAUUUCUGACACUUUGUUUAAUAUAAAAGCUGGGGGGG